UGUACCCUGCUCUCACACGUACGGUCACACGCACGCACACACGCCGGCUCGGGGAGCUCGCGCAGGGGGUGGAAUCACCCGGAGAGAAUCCCGUGUAACAGUGAAAGAGGAGUGUCCCAGGAAGCGUCUCUCCAUUAAAAUGUCUCUCUCUGCCAACACCUUCUCCCUUCUUCUCCGCCGCUCCUUCUCCUCGGUCAGCAGGAGCGCUAGCCUGCAUUCGGGUCGGCGUACGUUUGCCUGCGUGUCGACGGGGCCCGGGGUCCGUUGGUACGCCACAGCUCGUUUGGACGCCGAUGGAAGCGGCCGGCCUGCAACAUGGGACUCGUUUGGGAUUUGGGAUAACCGCAUCGAGGCGCCUAUCCUGUUACCACCCAGCAUCCGCUACGGUAAACCCAUCCCACGUAUCAGCUUAGACCACGUGGGUUCAGCCUCACAAAUCGGACGGCGCCGUGACAACGAGGAUCGACUUCGUAUAGCCGAGCUCACGCCCUCUACGCUCUACUUCGCUCUGUUUGAUGGACACGGGGGGAGCCAAGCCGCUGACUUCUGCUACACACAGAUGGAACGCUACAUUAGGAUGGGUCUGGAGAAAGAAUGGAAUCUAGAACAGGUGUUAACAAAAGCCUUCCUACAGGUAGACACAGCCCUGGCCUCCGAGAUGCAGAUGUACGGCAAUGCCUCCCUAAUGAGUGUGGGGACCACGGCGACGGUGGCUUUGCUAAGAGACGGGAUCGAGCUGGUUGUCGGGAGCGUCGGAGACAGUCGGGCCAUGCUGUGUAGGAAGGGGGAAGUGUACACACUCACCAGUGACCACACACCUGAGAGAAAAGAUGAGAAACAGAGAAUACGCAAGAGUGGAGGUUUCGUAACAUGGAACAGCCUGGGUCAGGCCAACGUGAACAGCCGUCUGGCGAUGACGCGCAGCAUCGGAGACUUUGACUUGAAGCAGAUCGGUGUUAUCGCAGAACCCGAGACCACUCGCAUUAUGAUACAUCAUUCUCACGACUCGUUUCUCGCCCUGACCACCGAUGGCAUAAACUUCAUCAUGAGCAACCAGGAAGUCUGUGAUGUCAUCAGUCAGUGCCACGAUCCCAUAGAGGCGGCGCACAUCAUCGCCGAGCAGGCUCUGCAGUACGGUUCUGAUGAUAACAGCACAGUCAUCGUGGUUCCGUUUGGAGCGUGGGGAAAGCAGCAGAAUUCCCACCACAGCUAUUCCAUGAGUCGGAACUUCGCCUGUAGCGGCCGCUGGGCCUGAAAGGUCACGACAUUUAAAGCGAACACAGGAACGUGUUCUGUAGCAGCUUUAAUACUCCACAUUAAAGUAAAGUUGUUGUUUUUUUUGAAGCAAAUGAUAAUUGACAUGAAUUUGUUUCCAAAUGUAUUCGAGGAUUAUAUUUUUGUACCCGAUGAUAUUUUUGACCUUGUAUAUAUUUUUCUGGAAAAAUUUGCUACAUUAGCAAUUUGAACAGUAUUUUUCCCACUGCUACUGGAGUGGUGAAUUGACAGAUGAUGUGUCCUUCUACAGGACGUCAAUCCACUGAAUUCACUGAAAACUGAGCUCUCAUUCAAACCAAUGCACAAAAAACAUUAAAAUAUACGAAUUUCAACA